CCUCUACCACCUCUGCCCGUCGAAUAGUCAGUGUUGAGAUUGGGACCGGAGCUGAACCGAGUAGAAGCCUCGAAACGUUCGACGCGAAAAAUUAUCCAGUAAUACCGUCCCACUCGGUUUGGUGCUGUUGAUUCAGUUGAAGGGGCUGAACAGCUUCUCCUCCUGGCUCCAUCACACAUGCCAUUGCACAGAACGGAAGCCUUGCAUGUGAAGGAAAGGCGCCCUGGCAGUGGCGGCUUGUGCAGAGCGGGCAUUGGUUGUGCAGAGUGAAUUCGGUCUUGAUGUGGAGAAGGGAUUGAGGUGGCAAGUGGAAGCAGACAGGAGCAGAAGGACGUGAAAGCUCGGUGGUUACUUUGAGGAGUUUGGCUCUAGUUUGUCGCCUCUCAUCUGAGACUUCGCCAAUCAGCGAGGAUGGGGGAGUCUUAUAUAGGGAGCUACAUCAGCUUGACUUCCAAGAGCGAGAUUCGGUACGAGGGGACACUGUACAGUGUGGAUACAGAGAAUUCUAACAUUGCACUCAGCAACGUUGUUUCAUUUGGGACAGAAGGAAGGAAACAGGAUGGCCCGCAGAUUCCAGCAAGCGACAAGGUUUAUGAUUACAUCAUCUUCCGGGGUUCGGACAUCAAGGAUUUGCAGGUGAAGCCUGCAGCGGCCCCUCCCCAGCCGCCGCCGUCACAGCUGCCGAGUGAUCCUGCAAUCGUACAACCGAACUACCCCCCUCGCGACACCGCCCCGGGCGCGCCCCCAUACCCCCCUGGCGGUUUCCCUGGCGGGCCGCCGCCAACCCAUUAUGCGCAGCCCCCGGCCAGUCCCUGGGCCCCCCCCCCCCCGGGCCCCCAAGCGGCUCCUCAGUACUGGCAGCAACAGCAGCAGCAGCAGUACUACCCGCCUCCCGGUCCGCCGGCAACGCAGCCCGGUGCGCCGGUCAUGGGGACCCCCGUGGUGCAGCAGGGUGCGCCGCCGACCACGCCCCCGAUGCCACAGCAAGCAGGUGCAACGGCAGCGGCCCCAGUGACUCCCCUCGCUCCAUCCCAAAAGCUGGCGGCCCCAGCUGCUGCGAACAAGCCCCUCGCGCCGCCAGCUGUCAGCAGCCCGGCAGCGCCAGCUGUCCCGUCUGUAGCGGCGGCGGUGGCGUCAGCGGCUGUGACCGCAGCAGCCAGCACGGGAGAGGGAGUCAGCAUCGUAGUGACGCCAUCGGCACCUCCGAGGGGGCAGCCGAAGAAACCGGCUGCAACAGUGGGAGCAGGUGUUCUCCCCACGCCUCCGACAACGAUCGGAAUCACGCCCACGAAGGAGAAGCCCGUCGUUCCCAUUCCGCAGCCCGCGCCCGUUGUUCCGGCCGCCAAUCAGAACCAGCCAUUGCUGCCGCUGCCAACUCAGGUACCCUUGAAGCCUCUAGCACCUGUGGGGCAGUACGGCGGAAGGGGCUGGGGCGGUCGAGGGGGCGCUCGUGGGUACGGCCCCAACCUUGCUGCUCAGAAUGGGAACGCCUUCAGGGGAGGCAGAAUGGGACCCGGAAGAGGCCGCGGCGGCAGGGGCACGCAGGAGCGCUUCACGGAGGACUUCGACUUCAACGCGAUGAACGAGAAGUUCAAGAAGGACGACAUCUGGGGUGAGCUGGGCCACACGACCGACGACGCCGCACCCAAAGAUGACGGAGAGCCCAAGCCCCCCGCUGCCGACGAGGCCGAAAAGGAAGCCGUCGAAACCGAGAAUUCCGCAACGGUCGAGGGGACGGAGAAUGAACCCCCGGUUGCGGACGACAAGAAGGCCACGCCCGUGUACGACAAGGACGACUUCUUCGACAGCAUCUCGUGCGAGGCGCUCGAGCGCUCGGCGGGCGACCGGCAGCGGUCCAAGUUCUCGGAGCAGAGGCGCGUCGACGUGGAGACCUUCGGAAAUGUGGCAAUGCGGAGCAACCGAGGGGGCAGGGGCUAUGGUGGCCGUCGGGGAGGCUACCGAGGUGGUUACAACGGCGGUUAUGGUGGUGGCGGUUAUUCUCGGGGCGGUUAUGGAGGCGGUUACGGCAACCAGGGCAGGGGUGCCGGCAGGGGAGGGUUUGCACCUUCCAGGGCUGCAGCUGCCACGUAGCCAUCAUCAAGCAGGAGAUUUGAGGGACUGGAAAGGGCUAGCCUGGGACGUUCAAGGGAGGGGUUUCCCGUAUGCUUUUGGGCCCAGCUGCCCAUUGGAAGCUAGCAUGAAGUAGCUGGUAUCCGAAGAAGCAAAGAGACGGAUACUUGCAGAAGAGCGGCAGCACAGCUUAUGUUGCGGGCUGCUUGCAAUUCAGUGGUCGUGUCCCUCCAAGUUUGCUAAGGCAACACAACGGUCACAACAUGUCUAAGAAAGCGUCUUGGUUGAAAAGAGAUGGAACGUGGCUGUGUAUGAAUAACUUUGUCGACGACUCCAUCUUCAGAGUCCUUCGUGUCCAA